AUGCCGUCGGGCGUGCUUCUCAUGUCCCCGUGGCUCGACCCGGAGCGCGAGCACCCGGACACCGCCAAGGCGUGGUCGGACGCGGACUCGGGCGACUCGUUCGAUUACCUCCGCGGCGUCGAGGGCUCGCUGAAGACGGUCGCGGACUUGGUCUUCGGGUGCGACGUCGACGGCGUCUGCGACGAGUCGAUUGCGCGGUGUCUCGUUCGCGGCGACGUCUGGGACGACGCCGACGUCGCGUACCCGCCCGUGUUCGUGCAGUACGGCGGCGCGGAGGUGCUCGCCGCGGAGAGCAGAACGUUCGCGCGCGUCGUGAACGCGUCGAGGAGCUCGAUGGUCGUGGAGCUCGAGGAGUGGGCGGACAUGCCGCACGUGUUCCAGGUGUUCGACGCCGUCGCGGCGGCGGGCGGCGACGCCAUCGCGAGCGCCGCCGCGUUCGUGAAGCGAUGUUGA